CCCCACCACGCCACCACCCACCCACCACCACUCCACCACCACCAUUUUCCUCUCUCCGGAGGAACAAAACAAAAACAGGAGGAACACGCACUGAAUCAACUGCAUUCCGGAAUCCAGAUCCUUAAUUCUUCUAAUUGAAUCACAACUUCACUGCAUUCGCUGCUGGUUAUUAAAGAUCAUAAAGCAAACUCUGUUUUUUUCUCUGGUCCUUUCUAACCUGCUGUUUUAAGAGAACUCUGUUGGUCCGGAGGAGUUUUCGGCUAGUACAUUUGCUUCAGUACACAGUACUGUAUCUUUGACAGCCUCGCUUGCAUAAUUUCGUCUGGAUCGACAACAGCCUACAAUGGAUAAAAGGAGUUGGCCCUGGAAGAAAAAAUCAGCUGAUAAGCAAGCAGCAGCAGAGAAAGUUGCUGCUAGUGCAUCAGAAUCUUCCACAGCUGCUUCAGACAUGGGUGCAGCUCAAGUUGACAAGGUGAAACAAGACAAUAAUAAAAAGCCAAAGUAUGUUCAGAUUUCUAUGGAAUCAUAUACACAUCUAACUGAAUUGGAGGAUCAAGUGAAGUCUUAUGAAGAACAAGUUCAGACCUUAGAGGAUGAAGUAAAAGAACUUAAUGAAAAGUUAUCUGAAGCCAAUUCCGAGAUGACUAACAAAGAAAACCUGGUGAAACAACAUGCUAAAGUUGCUGAAGAAGCUGUCUCAGGUUGGGAAAAGGCUGAGGCAGAGGCUGCAGCACUGAAAAAUCAUCUGGAAUCUGUCACACUGCUAAAGCUUACUGCCGAAGACCGGGCAGCACAUUUGGAUGGUGCCCUCAAGGAAUGCAUGAGGCAGAUACGAAACUUGAAGGAAGAACACGAACAAAAAUUACAUGAAGUUGCUCUUAACAAGAUGAAGCUCUUUGAAAAGAUGAAGCUGGAGCUUGAAACAAAAUUAGCUAAUUUGGACCAAGAGCUACUAAGGUCUGCUGCUGAAAAUGCGGCAUUAUCAAGAUCUUUGCAAGAGCGCUCUAAUAUGCUGAUCCAGCUGAAUGAAGAAAAAACACAAGCUGAGGCUGAGAUAGAACGUUUGAGGAGCACUAUUGAGUCCUGUGAAAAAGAAGUGAACUCACUCAAAUAUGAACUGCAUAUUGCUAGGAAAGAGGUGGAAAUUCGUAAUGAAGAAAAGAACAUGAGCGUGCGUUCUGCAGAAGUAGCAAACAAGCAGCAUCUGGAAGGGGUGAAGAAAAUUGCUAAGCUUGAAGCAGAGUGUCAAAGAUUACGAGGUCUUGUUAGGAAGAAAUUGCCUGGUCCAGCUGCAUUAGCACAAAUGAAACUUGAAGUUGAGAACUUGGGCCGAGACUAUGGAGAAUCUCGUGUAAGGAAGUCUCCUGUGAAGCCUUCUACUCCCCACUUUUCCCAAGUGCCCGAAUUUUCACUUGACAACGCACAGAAGUACCUCAAAGAGAAUGAGUUACUCACAGAACGCCUACUAGCAAUGGAGGAGGAAACAAAGAUGCUGAAGGAAGCAUUAGCAAAGCGUAACAGUGAAUUGCAAGCUUCUAGAAGUACCUGUGCACAGACAGCCAGCAAGCUUCAAAGUUUAGAAGCACAACUGCAGGCUAAUGGUGAACAGAGAACUCCCCUGAGGUCUAAUACUCAGGUCCCAACUGAAGGCAUCUCUGGUCAAAAAGCUAGUAAUCCUUCAAGUUUCACCUCUCUGUCCGAAGAUGGAAAUGAUGAUAAUAUUAGCUGUGCUGGUUCAUGGGCUACUGGAUUGAUGUCUGAGCUCUCCCAUUUCAAGAAGGAAAAGAAUGUUGACAGUCUGCACAAAUCUGAGAGUGCAAAUCAUCUGGACCUUAUGGAUGACUUUCUGGAGAUGGAGAAGUUGGCAUAUCUAUCAAAUGGAUCCAAUGGAACAGCUUCAAGAGCAGACUUUUCAGGUAAUACAGGCAAUACAGGGUCUGAAUUUGUAAAAAGUGAAGCCUCAGCAGAAGUCGCCAUGAGCACAGAUCCCCAGUUGGGGGAGCAGCAUGGUCUGGAACCUCAAGUGUCUCCUCAGGAAGAUGUAACUGAUCCUCACCUGCAAGCAGAUCCACUCAUUUUUGUGAAACUCCAAUCAAAAAUUUCCAUGAUACUAGAGAGAAUGUCUAAUGAGAAAGACAAGGAAAAUGUUAUAGAGGACAUCAGAUGUCUUAUGCAGGAUAUAGAGGAUACUUUGCGUCAGCAGUCGGUUAAUGGUGUAUUUGAGGCAGAUCAUUCUUCUGGCGCAGUAAGUCAUCCAAGUAAUCUUGCUGAGGCUACCAAGACAACAGUCCCUAAAGAGAUAUCUUCUGGAGAUGGUAACUCAUUCGUCAACUCUGUGGGAACCAUCAAUCCAGAAUUACAAAUUGCCAUUUUCCAGAUUUAUGACUUUAUAAUGAUUCUUGGUAAAGAAGCAAAGACAGUCCCUGCAACAACUCCUGAUGGAGAUGGGUUAAAUAAAAAACUCAAUACGUUCUCUGCCAAAUAUAGUGAGGCUAUAAACAAUGAUAUUAAUCUAAUUGAUUUUAUCCUAGACAUUUCUCAUGUAUUAAGCAAAGCAAGUGAGUUGCACUUCAAUGUCCUGGGAUUUAAAAGUUCUGAAGUUGAAACUGGUAGUUCUGAUUGUAUAGACAAGAUUGCGCUGGCAGAGAACAAAGCUGUAGUGGAUUCAUUAGGAGAAGGGUAUCCAAAUGGUUGUGGCCGCUUUUCUGACUCUGCAUCUGAUGCUGAUGUUCCAAAUGAUGGGAGUCUUGUCCCGAUCUCUGAAUCAACAGCCCCUUCAUGGAAAUGUUCAUUGGAGGAGUUUGAGCAAUUGAAAAUGGACAAGGAUAACCUAGCAGUUGAUCUUGCUAGAUGCACAGAAAACUUUGAAAGUACCAAGUCCCAGUUGCUAGAAACUGAACAGCUUCUCGCUGAGGUUAAGUCACAAUUAGCAUCAGCUCAGAAAUCCAACAGCUUGGCUGAGACACAGCUCAAAUGCAUGGCAGAAUCUUACAAAUCACUUGAAACAAGGGCAGAGGAAUUACAAAGUGAGGUAAAUCUCCUCCAAGGGAAAUUAGAAAGUUUGGGUAACGAGCUUCAGGAGGAGAGAAGAGGUCACCAGGAGGCCCUUACCAGAUGCAAGGAUCUUGAGGAGCACCUGGAAAGGAUAGAAAAUGCAGCUGCUGCUGAUGACGACAAGACUAGCCAGGAAAAGGAGUUGGCCGCUGCAGCUGAGAAGCUGGCGGAGUGUCAAGAAACCAUAUUUCUUCUUGGUAAGCAAUUGAAGGCUAUGCGUCCCCAAACCGACAUUGUCAGUUCCCCAAAUAACGGAAGGACUCAGAAACUUGAAGCUUAUGUUGAGGAUGAACCAACUAUAAGUGGCAUGAAUUUGCAUGAUAUGGAUCCAUCUGAAAGCCACAGUGCCACUUCUUUCCAUCUGCACAGAGCUGGCUCCGAAUCCCCCUUGGAUGUGUUCAAUGCUCAGUUCAGUCCAUCCGACUCUGAAGCAAACAACUUACUCAGGUCACCAGUCAGCUCAAAGUAUCCAAAACAUCGCCCCACAAAGUCGGGCUCCUCUUCUGCUUCAUCUACCCCUACACCGGAGAAACACGCUCGUGGAUUUAGCAGAUUCUUUUCCUCAAAAGGAAAGAAUGGUCAGUAGUGCCUGCAUUCACUCCCUUAAUUAUCAGUAUGUGCUCAGCAGGCUGUUUAAUAGUUAUAUAUAGCUGAAGCAAUUUAAGCUGUUCUGUAAAUAAAGAUCAAGAUCCUUUUUAACUUGUCAUACUUGUAAUUUGGUGUUAGUUUUGAGAGGGUUCUAUUCUGAAGUUGUCAUUCAAUCCGCAGCUACUGUUUGAAGGUGUGGGUGGGUUUUGCUCUAAAGAGAACUGACAGCAGCUACCGAUCCCCAACCUGUCUACUGAGACUGAGAGGGGAAAGGCAUGCAAAGAAACACAAUAAGUAUCAUUUUUCGUUUCAUAUCAUGCCAUAUAAACCUAUUCCUUGUUUUGAUUCAAAA